UACUAACACCCUUCCGCCCACAGAUACGCCGAUUUGAUAAGCAGCAAUGAAGGUUUCUAUUUGUCACACCAGGUGCGCAACAACAAACGUACCGCCAUUUUAGCCGUUGAAAUUGAAGCUCCCACUGUACCCAACAGCCAGCAGCCGAAUAAUAAAAAGAAAGAAAAACCCAGUAAAAAAGAUAUUAUGUUUCAAAUCUAUCGACCCAAUACGGGCCUACAAGUACGACACGAAUCUUUGGCGGAAAUCGAAAAGAAAUACAAAAAAGUGGGCAUGACCGAGGCAGAAACACACUGGACGCAACAGUAUGAUGCAUCCGUUAAUACCUGUUCACAUGCCUAUUGGAAUGGUAAUUGUCGUAAUGUUAAUAUGGGUCAAGAAUGUGAGGUGGGUUUACGUCAACGUUUGUAUUAUGUUUUGGCCGGCUCGGUGCUGUCGGUAUGGUCGCGUGUAGAACAAAUUCUAUCCACACGCAAUGCCAACAAUAAAAUGCAAGUUAUACGCAUGAAAACUACCGAGGGCGAGAAAAUCGUGGGUACUUUAAUACCCAAAUCAUGCCAUGAAUUGCUUAUGCAAGAUCUUAAGUCUGAUGCUGAAAAAGUCGAAGAAGUUAUCUUCUAAGAAAAAGAGAAAUAAUUACUUUUUU